UCUCAUCACAGUAGUCUCCUGUCUCUUUGCUCCUCUGUCCUCCAGAGCUCCCACAGCAACAUGUCUGGAAGGAGGAGGAGGUUCUGGCUGAGCAGCAGCUCUGUAUUCAGGAGAGGAACUCCAGUCCGGACCAAGAGGACCCAGAGCCUCCACAGAUUAAAGAGGAACAGGAGGAACUCUGCAGCAGUGAGGAGGGAGAGCAGCUGGUACUGAAGCAGGAGGCUGAUGCCUUCAUGCUGACUCCUGUUGAUGAGGAAAGUGAGCCCAGUGAAGACCACACUCUGGACUUUAGUAUCCGUGCAACUCAGAGUGCGCUGGAGGAAAAGCCUUUAAGCUCCAUGUCAGCUCAAAGCUCUGUAGUAUCAGAACCAACCAGUGACCAGCAGCUCCUCUCUCACAACUCUCAUGAAGCUGAAAGCCAAGAUCAGAAAGGAGGCGAGCCUGGAGACUCAGGAUCAACUAGAGAUGCAGAACCAGAACAACAGAACCAACAUCACAAAAGCAAACGCCACACUAACAAUGUAUAUAACCCAACUACGGCAACGAUUCACCGUAAAACUCACACAGGUACAAAGUCUUUCAAAUGUGACACGUGUCAGAAAGCUUUCGAAUAUAAGUCACAGUUUCAGAGACACCUGGUAAUCCACACAGGUGAGAAGCCGUAUAUCUGCAAGACCUGCGGGAAAGAGUUCAGACUUAAUGCUCCCUUGAAACGCCACAUGAGAAAACACACAGGUGAGAAGCUGUACCUCUGCAAGACCUGUGGGAAAACAUUAUGUGACCUUUCAUCACUGAAAAGACAUACAAGAAUCCACACAGGUGAGAAGUCGUUUACUUGUAAAACAUGUGGGAAAGAUUUCAGACUUAAUGAUAGCUUGAUAAUCCACAUGAGAAUCCACACAGGUGAGAAGCCGUACCUCUGCAAGACCUGCGGGAAAAGAUUCCGUUUCAAUUCAGCAUUGACUAAACACAUGAGAACUCACACAGGUGAGAAGCCGUACCUUUGCAUGACCUGCAGGAAAAGUUUCGGUGACAGUUCAUCACUUACAAGGCAUAUGAGAAUCCACACAAAUGAGAAGUCAUAUGCUUGCAAAACAUGUGGGAAAGAUUUCGGAAGUAGCAGUUACUUGAAAGACCACGAGAACCACACAGGUGAGAAGCCGUAUAUUUGCAAAACAUGUGGGAUGGAUUUCAGAUCUACCUGUAACUUGAAAUUCCACGAGAGGAAGCACACAGGUGAGAAGCCGCAUCACUGCAGCACAGAGGAUCCAGUUUUAGUCACAAAAAAUGUUUAGAAAAGCCAGAUGAUAAAUGCUAGGUACUCGACAGAAAAACAUGUAGAAGACGGAAAAAAUAGUGUCUGCUAGGGGAGGGAAAAUGGAUUCAUGUAAAAAUCAAGAUUCUUAUUUUCUAAGAUUCUGAAUCGAUUCAAAAGUUCCACAGAUGUAUUUUUAAAAAUGUUUUUUCUACAAAAGAACCUAGAUAUGGCUACUGAUGGACAGUAAUCAUACACACCAAGUCAAAGUUGUUUUGAGCAUUAUUGUGUAAUUUGUU